GUCCAAUGUUCCUGCUCUUGCUGUUGACUGACGGCACAGGAGCCCUCAAGACUGGAGGAAAUUUGAAUUCUUCCGACAUAGAACUAUCAGCUAUGUAGCUAAUCAACUUGUAAUCACAGAUACCAUUGUCGUGGUCAUAAAAUUGACCUGAUAUGUUGGUGCCCGACUGACGUGGAAUAGACUACUGGUGCCCAAUUGAAAUAAUGACAAACUGACGUUUUCGCCCUAAUUAAAUGCAGCCUCAAGUUCCGCCCGCCGCUACAAGCUGACUAUUUUCAGCCAUCAUCGAAUGGUCAAAGACUUAACAUGUUAUCUUGAUGGUCAACUAUCAGCCUAUCAAUAUAUCUAUUCAUCAAUCAAUUUAAUAGUCAAUAAAUCAGUCAAUCGCACUGACCUUGCUUUUACCAAUACUGCAGUUGCCCCGAGGAAUAAUAGGAGGGUCUGCUGGUGAUGGUUUUCGAGGCUCUGCUGGACGAAAAGGCGAAGCGAGGAGACGAAGGAGGCUUAGGCCCUUUCACACAUUGCCUACGCGAUCUUGAACGAGACACCUGCACGACUGCCGUCCGUGCAUCAUUCGAGUUCAUAAUCGUUGCACAUCGUCUAGUCAUCGCUGGGGAAUCCGUGUGAAACAAGCGUUGGUCGAUGAGCCCACACACUGUGGAUGAGCCGGCAAGGUAGACGAAAAAUAAACGCAGCGCUUAUUUUUCGUGUAGAUCUCGGUGUGGCUGGUGACUGUUCCAAAAAUCGGGCAGGAGUGCUUUAGACAUGGUGCAUAAAUCCCCAUGAGCGUUCAGCUAUAGUGCAGCAUUUGUGCAGCUUUCGUUUUAGGUCAGGCAACACUCGUGCAGUGAUCGGGUACAAUCUUUAAAAUUUGGCCAUUACUACAGAUGCCCGACAGCUGCACGACAGCUGCACAGCAGCAGAACGAUAGCUGCCAGACGAAUCGUUCACUUGAUCGAAUGCUGGACGAUAGCCAACGAGAGCUGCACGAUAUGGCAUAUGCGCGCGAGAGGUUUGGCAGCGUUGCAGCCUGUCGGCCACCCCACAGAACCCACCACCACCACACACAGAGGCCGAGCCAUAGCCCUCAGUGAGGGCAGAGCACGUUCGCUUCGCUCUUCGCCUGAACACCCACCUCACGCCCCCCGUGUGCUUCGCUGGCCUGACGCCCCUGCUUACUGCACUUGCCCAACCACCUUACAUCAUGGCCCAAUCAUCUGACAGCUCCGCUACCGAGAGCCAGACACAAAUAGUGGAGGAGCACAAUGAGCUCAAGGAGAAGCCCGAGACCCAGGAUCCCCAGGGCAUGGACUCGUGGGAUGAGUUGACACCUAUGGCGGGCACGUCCAACAGCCGUCGCCGCAGGAGGAAGUGGGUCACCUUCACCGACGAACAGGAGGCAGAACUCGUGGAGUGGCUCCACAACAACCCAUUAUUUUACAACCGCAAGUUGAAGCUGUACAAGGACCACCAAAAGAAGCAACUACUGAUGGAGAGGAAAGCGAAAGAGCUGAAAGUGAAAGUCUUAGAACUCAAGACCUGGUACACAUCUAUGAGGACGAGAUACGCAAAGCUCCUUGACAGGACGUCUGGGUCAGGUGCCAUGGGAGACCUCACCGAGAGGGACAGCUGGAUAGUAUCGGCCUUCUCCUUCAUGCGUCCCUACAUUGUGAGGUGCCCAGCGCGUUCCUCAAUGUUGCAUCCUGCUGCUGAGCCUGUGACAGUGCUAGUCACUCAGGCCACUCAGGAGGAUGGUUUGGUUUUUGAGGAGUGGAUGAAUGAUCCUCAGCCCGUGGAGGAUCGCCUCCCAUCACCAAUGUGGCCCUCCCAGCUAGAAUCUACAGCAGCACCCCCACCCAAGAGGGCCAGGCAACGGGUAGCAGGCACUGCAGGCGAUGUUGCCAUGGCAGCUGAUACCCUGUUAGAAGAGGUUCAGGAGCGAGCUGGGUCGCUGUCCCGUGUCCAGGAAAAGCUGGAGAAAGUGCUGGCAGCCAAGAGCGACUUCCAAGAAGAAGUGGAGUCGUUCAUGCACGCCCUAGGCAGGAUGGCCCUGCGGCUGGACAUGGACACAUGGAUGGAUGUCCAGCAAACACUGCUGGCAGAGAUGUCCAAGGCCUGUCGUGAGGCACACAGGAAGCGACAACAGCAGACCCCCACCCUCUAGGACCCUCGGCUGCUGCUACACCCACCUCAUUGCCUGACUUGACCAGUUGGACUCCAACGUCACCCUCGAGCAGCCUCAACCCAGAGCCAACACAGCCAUAAGUCCCGGCAACCCCCCCUGUCCAGCCAACAAUUCCAGCAUUCCAGGGCCAUGUCAUGAGCAACAUGCAGCCCCACAUGCAGCUGCAACUCGAGUCCCAGUUCCGAGCCCUGGUCCAGGGACAGACCGCCUUGGCCCCACCUCGCCCGCCCCAACAACCUUAAACAAGUGGGACAGACAAACCCCUGUAUGCAUCAGGCAGCCCCUUCAACUACCAGGGCUUCUUAUUGCCCAGCUCGCCCGCAUACUUGGUACACCACGACAUGAGUCACUGGACAAUACAUUCAGCAGCAUCACCUCCUUGGGCCGCUGAUCAACACCUGUCCCGGAGUCUCCUUUGUUGUAAAACAACAACAACAACAACAACAGAAACCAAGUCGACCCAGAGAUAAGGUUAUGACGCAUGAACUUUUUAUUUAAUGUUGCUACUUUUGUGAUGUAAGAAGUGGUAUUGUUUAACUUAUAUAUGUAAAUGGAAGUAGGUAUACGUCUGUGAUAAAUAAAUAUUGAAUCAACUUGUUUGUUUCCUGUGGCAAUAUUUUUUUAAUAAAAUAACACUAUACAAUACGUACUUUGGUGUUUUUUUUUAUUCUACAUAGCUCUUAUAUUAUUUUGCCAAGACGUUUCCGUGGGGAAAUUGACACGCUCGGUGAUGUAGUCCCGUAUGCACUUGGCUGUGGCGUAGGUUCUGGCACUGCCUCCUCCGGCGGCACUGCCAAGUGGCACCAGCGAGCAGGUUGGCUGUUCACUUUGGAUGGACCCCGCGCCAGGAGGAAUUAUGACUAGACCUCAACAUGUGCAGGCAACAGCAGGUCAGGACAAUACUCUCAGCCCUUUCAGCCGUCACCUCCAGCCGGGACAGGAGGCACC